AUGCCAGAGUCUCGUUCGUUAUCGGAAUUAACCAGACAAAUCGCUCCACCAACUAAGAACGGCCAUGCACCACCACCCACAGAAUCGAGAAAGAGCUAUCAAUCUGUCAAUCCUUUCCGUGUCCGGGCCGGGCACGGCAAGUACCAUCGAAAGUUGAUAGGGCAGACGUUCGAAUGGGUCAUCGCCGCCACGGAGGGCGUGCGAUCGGCCCGAGCCCCAACAACCAGCCCCCAGACACAACUCGCGCUGCAACCUCCAAACGCGCCUUCCUCGCGGCACCCCAUCCGUUUUUUCCCCGGCACAGCCUCGGGGGAAGAAGGCCACGGCUCUCCCCUCCGCAUCGGAGGGCACGGCGACAGACUCUCGUUCUCUCUCUCAAGAGAGGGGGGGGCCACAGACGCCACUACCCGACUCCCCUCAGCGGGCGGGUCCCGCCAACCGGAGGGGCUCCGGAGAGCCCGGCCCGGCGGGGGAGGGCGAAAGGGCCGCGAAGCGAGACAACGGGAAGAGAAAGACCACCCGCGGGGGCGGAAAUCCUCAAGCGGCCACCGGCGCGCGGGUCGGCCCCGGCAACACCACCCCAACGGGAAGGGCCGAGCGCAGAGGGGCGCGACACGUCUCGGGACCGCGAUCGGCAGAACCGAGGGGAAAAGGGGAAGAGCCACAGACACUCGGCUCGCCCGGGAGAGACGGGACGCGCCUGAGGAGACGCCCACCCAACGGGGAAGAAGCGAGGCGGGACCACGGACGCCAGGGACGGGACGCCGGAUCGGGGAGAGUGGGCAGACCGCUACCGGCCGGGGGGCGGGCGCCACAGGCCCGAAGAAACGGGAACCCCCUUCCUCCAACGCCCCAAAUAGGGGCGGGCCAGGAGGAAUAAACGGCCUCUCACGCGCCACUUUCUUCCACCGCUCGACAGCACCCACCGCCGAAGCGCUACCCGCGGACAGCCGACCAAAACGCAACCCCCGAGGGGCAAACGACACCACUCGCGACCGCUCAAGACCCGACAGCGGAAAAGCCUCCCGUAAAGCCCAAACCGGCGGGCCCCCAGAGCCAGGACGACUCCGGGGGGACCCCCGACCCUACCGGCGGGAGAGAGGCGACGAACCGAGCCGACUCACCCCCCCUCCUCUAGAAAGAGGGGGGGCCCGAAGAUUCCCCACCCCUCGCCGGGGGAACACCCCUCACCACCGGCGUCGGCGGCGAGAGGGUCCCCCGGGCCGGGGCUCCGAGACGGACGGCCAACGCGCACGGCCCCACGGAAACCCCGGAGAGAGCAGCACCCACACAACCAACGCACUUUCCCCGCUCGCCACGAAAAAGAGGGGACCAGGUCCGCUAGAGAAGCUAAGCAGCUCCGAGGACGAUCGGCACCGAGCAACCCCCCGUCCGAAAAGCUCCGGGCCCAAGGAGCGACGGAAAGAUCCAGUCCCCACCGCGGGGAGGAACACCAGAGAGCGCCGGGCGAGCCCAAACCGCGGGGCGGGGGCGCAGCACCGCCGAGGAACGCACGGGGCCCACGAGGCCUACCGCGUGGGAGCCGGGGACCCGGCCGAGCCCAAGAGACGUCUCCCCUCGCUAUUCACCCUCCGGCAGUGGAACGGCGGCCGCACGACACAAAGGGCGGAGGCGCGGGGCGCGGGGAGAGGGAUAGAACCUCCAACACCGUCACCCGAGGAACGCGCGCUCGACGCCUGGCGGAGACACCUUUCAGACCACGGGACCGGAGGGGUCCGAGAAAGAGGAGCGGGGAACUCGGCACGGACCCGACCCGCACGGACGCGGCAGAGGAGCGGCCCGGCGAGAACUCGGAACACGGCACACGCGCGCCAACACGAGCCCAAGACGCGGCAACAGGCUGCCCUGAUAUCUCUCGGCUUUUCCCCCGCACCACGGACGGCGACGGCCUCCCGUAAAACCAGCGGAAGAGAGCGAGGGGGAGCGGGGAGCAACCAGAAACCGACCGCCCACCGGCAACGGGCAUCUCGAGUCUUCCCCGGGCAAGCCCGACCACGGGGAGGCAUCGCGGGAAGGCGGCGGCAAGGGGCGAGAGCACCGCGCUCGUCACCCCGUCGGGGCCGCUACCGAACAGAAUCGGCCCUAGGAGCAGGGCCCGGCGGGGCGGGAGGGGAGCCAGGAACAGGCACGAGCGAGACAACCGAGGCCGUCCCAUCGUCUGCCCGACGGCCCUCCCUCGCGGGACCAGGGUCACCACAUCGAUCCGAGCGAAGCACGAACUCCCAGCGAAGCGGAGGCCAGCCCGACGCCCGAACGCACAGCACCACGCGCGGCUCGAGCGAGCGGGUAACGGCCCGGAGCCGGACGCGACUCGGGCAAGGGAUCGGCCGCACCCCCGCCGCGGAGGAAGAGAACGGCACGGCGCCGAAAGCCAGCGGCGAAUCCCCGGGAAGAAGCCAACACCGCGGCCGAGAAAAGCAGGACGGUGAAAAAGGCCGAGGCGCCGGGCAGAGACCGGGAUCUGCAGCGGGAGAGAUACCCAACCAUGCCCAGGACGUCAGGGGUCUCGGGCAGCCUACAAAAAGCACCGCGGCACAAACACGCCUUGGAGCACUGAAAAAAUCCGUACCACUUCACCGGGACCAUCCUGAAAUCCACGCCGACCUCCUGGAACUCAAGCUCGGGCAACCCCAACAGAAACGAUCCCUUAGGACUUCCGGAAAACCACAAAUCCGCCGGAAAACGCCGGCCCACCGCGGCCACCGACCAGGGUCCGCCGGGGAUCUCCCCCGACAAGCCCCACCCGAGAGGACGACCCGCUGCGGAGCUCUCGAGGGGGCGCUACGGCCCGCUCGAUGCGCAGCUCCGCCAGAGACUAAGUCCGAAUUUUCGCCGCCAGAGACUAAGUCCGAAUUUUCGCCGCCAGAGACUAAGUCCGAAUUUUCGCCGCCAGAGACUAAGUCCGAAUUUUCUCCUCCAGAAACUAAGUCCGAAUUUUCGCCGCCAGAGACUAAGUCCGAGAGUGCUCCUUCUCCACCCCCACCCCCACCCCCACCCCCACCCCCACCCCCGUCCGAGCCACAGCAAUAG